GCAAGAUGUGUAGACGUCACCGAAACAUACGCACAAACAUCGGUGACGUCAUGCUCGCAUCACUUCACCACUCCACCACCACCUUGUUGAUUAUUACAACAGUUUAAUGUCAAUACCGGGGUAGAGGCGGACGGAGGAGCAUUUUUUUCAAGCCAAGGAGUGGUGCGGGGACCGAAAAGCAGACAUCAUGGUGAUCAAAGUUUACAUUUCGAAUAUUACAUGCAAUAACAAGCAAAGGAAAUGUCAGCAACUCAUUUUGAACAAGUUAACUGCUGAGAAAAUUGACUUUGUUCAAAUUGAUAUAACAGACCCCAGAUAUGCAAGCGAACGAACUCUGAUGCGAGAGAAUAGCAAACCAAAGACAGAAGGGGCUGUCCCAGUACCUCCUCAAGUUUUUAAUGAAUCAGAAUAUUGUGGGGACUAUGAUGCUUUUGCUGAUGCUCUGGAGACUCAAAAUUUAUGGCACUUUUUGAAGUUGGAGUACAUCGAUCCUGAUGAAGACCCUGAGGAGAAGGAAUUCCAAGAUCAAAUGAAACAAAAAAUUGUUGAUGAUGACUUACUCACUGGCUUUACAAAAGAUGGUGAGUCUGAGAAACGGGAUGAAGGACAAGAAAAAGACAACAAAGAUGAUGGCUCUGUAGCAGAAGCCAAGGAAUCUGAGGGAGAAAAAGAAGAGGCAGAAAAGACUGAAGCAAGUGAUGAGGCUGCUGAAGAGAAAAAAGAUGCUACUGAGGAAAAAUCUGAUGAUAAAGAAACAGAGGAGAUAAAGGCUGAAGAAGAACAAAUAAUUGUUGAACAAUCUGAAGCCGUCGAGACUGUUAGAAAACUGGAUGUUAAUUUAGACGACAAUGAUGAUGGGAAGGAAGUAAAUGUCAACUUAGCUGAUGCUGAGACCAUCAUGAGUAAUGAUGAAGAUAGCAAAGAAACAGCUGAAGAUGGCAGUAAGCCUGGUGAUUUUGAAGAGGAUGCAGAAAAAAGUUUUCCAGUGGGAGAAAACGAGGCAAUUUUGAAGUCAGAAGUAUGUGAGACAGUAAACAGAAGCUUGACUGAAAACAAACAUUUUGAUGAUAGAUCUGAUAGAAGUGAAGAUGAUUGUGUAGAAGAAGGAUCUGAUAGAGCCUUACACGAUAGUACUGUAGUAGGAUCUGAUAGAGCUGAAGAUGAUAGUAUAGUAGAGGUGUCUGAUAGGUCUAUAGAUGAUAGUAUAGGGGAGAGGUGUGAUAAUGUUUCAAAUGAUGAAAUAGUUGAGGAGCAUGAUAGAACUAGAAACGAGAAUACAGUGGAGGGAUACAAUAAUGCUAUAGAAGAGUAUUUAGUAGAUAAAUCUGAUAGUGAUGCAGACAACUGUACAAUGGAAGUGUCUGGUGAGAAUUUUAAUGAUAGAACUGUAGAAGGGUCUUUUAGUGAUGUCAAUGACACUAGAGGAGAGAUAGACCUUAGAGAAGAGAGAUUUGACGGAGCUAUGGUAGACAGUGAAGAAGAAGCACCAGAUAGAGAACUGGGUGAGAAUACAAUAGAGGAGGAGACUGGUAGAACUUCAGAUUAUGAAAAAGCCAAAGAAUCUAGUGAUUCUGAAAAGGAAACACUGGACAAAGUAGGGUCUUCAGAAAAUGAAGAUGAAGUAGCUGCAACGUUUAAGGGAAAGGAGACUGGGGAUACUGACGUGGAUCUGUCUGAUGGGGAAGACUCUAGAGAACAUGGUCAGAUUGAUAAUGAAGAAUGUGUAGAAGGGGUGAAGUUUGUGCCUCUUGAACAUGACCAGGCAGAAAACUAUACCACUGCUGCUUCUGAAGAUGGGGACACGUCUACAAAAACAGGAGACACCAUACUUUUUGAAGAAGAAUCUGUCAAGGCAAAUGAAAGUAUUAUUACCAAGGAAGAAUUCUCUGACGGAGACUCUGAAGAGGAGGAGAAAGAGGUCGUAAAAGAUGAGGAAAACGAAGAGAAAAAAGAUGAGGAAAGUGAGAAAAAAGAUGAAGAAAGUAAGGAAAAAAUAGAUGAAGAAAGUGAGGAAAAAAUAGACGAAGAAAGUGAGGAAAAAAUAGACGAAGAAAGUGAAGGAAAAAAAGAUGAGGAAAAAGCUGAAGUAAAAGAGGAGGAAGAGGAGAAAAAAGAUGAAAAUGAAAAAGAGACUGAGAAGGAAAAAGAAGAGGAAACGAAUAAAGAAGCUGAAGAGGAAAAAUCAGAAGAAACGGAAGAACAGGAAUAAAGGUUUCAUAGAACAAAUACUACAACAGUAUCUGUUGGUUUUGACGUCUCUGACUUCAUCUUUAUCUGUCUACAGUCGGAUGAGUCCAUUAUCACACUGUCAACACCAGGUUUCUUACCAGUGAUGUCUUUCAUGGCUACCUUUUGAUUUAGUCACCUUCAUCACAUCUUAACUUGUAUCAACAUCGAAAAAUGUUCUUACAGUUUGUUGGUAUCUUCCCCCUGUCUUAAUUCUGUGGAAGCUAAACCAGUUUAAACCUUUAAAUGUUUUUGUUACAACUCUUACAAAUCUGUCAGAUACACCCCCCUUCCCCCACCCCACCUCACUAUAUGUUUCUGUUCUGUUAAUUUGUGUUAUGACAUAUAGAGCCAGAACAAAUAACGAAUAUUUUUUAUGUUUAGAAAUUUUACUUCACUUAUAAUUGCAUGCAAGUUUGGUCUACUGUUACUUUUAUUAGAAUUAUUAUGAGUUACAUUUUGUCAGUAUUAGGUGCUGAGUGUUAAAAACUGGGUUGUUGAUUUUCUUUCUCUAAAAAUUAUUACUUGAUGUAAAUAUUUACCAAGUCCUGAAUAAAUUAAAAUCCUAAAUUUGAACAAAGACCUUUUUUUUUAAGAUUUAAUUUAGAUUCCAGAUUAAUUUAGGUCUCAUCCUAAUCAAAAGAUGUAAUCUUUUGAAUUUUAAUAUUCUCAUUAAUAAUGUAAUGAAUUGCAUUAUGAUAUACCAGUUACUUUAAAAUCUUUUCAAAUUUGACUGCUGUUUGAUAUAGAAAGCUUUAUAAAAUAUAUCCAAACAGUAUGAAGCUAAAGAUAAUAUUACAAAUAUAUAAACUUAUAUUUUUUAGCGAAACGUUUAUAUGCAGCUCUUGUAACCAAAAUUCUAGUUUUGAAAUAACUAGAAAAUAUCAGGAAUGUUUGUCUAUUUUAAAGUUUCUAAUUCAAGCAGACUGUUCUUUGUUCAGGAAGCUUUAAUUACACACAAUAAUGUCCAUCCAUAAAUCUUCUGCUGAUAUUCUUAGAUCCUCUAUCUCUCUCUCUCUCUACUUGAAUUGUGAUUAUAAUUACUCCUGCUCAAAGCUUGGUUGCUUUAAAACACCCAAGAUUUUCUAAUAAAAUAUUUUCUAAAAGCAAA